UCCCCCCCCCAUUCAUCUAAUCGAGUGUGGGCGGGGGGGAAUUGGUGGCCAAUCAGUUACCUUUUCAUGGAGGCAGUGGAACUUCGCUAGCCAAUCAGCGUUAGAGUCUGUCCCGCUGCCCGGGUUCGGGGGCGACUGGAGAGAAGCCGCGUGCUGGUGAGCCGCGAUAAGAGCCCUCUGCACAUGCGUCGAGGAAAUAUUGCGGUGCGGGAGAUGUGAAUAUCUGCUGUAGGAGAAAUGGAAUAAGGAGAACGGUGCAGCAGGCUUCCCCUCCCUUCCUUGUCCAUCAUGUGAAGCAGUCUUCAAGAACGUCGUGCUGCUGAGCAUGUGCAGAAUUCCUCUUGCUCAGGGACGAAUAAUUACACCUCCUUCGCCACAUCUGAGGGCCUGGAGCCCCAAGGAUCUCUUGAUAAAAAGGCUGAGGUGGGAAUGUAUCUUGCCCAAUGGAGCCAGACUGUAAGCGCCAGAAGAUGGCAGAACCCUGCAAUUCCUAUCCUUGGGAAGUGCUACCUGUUCUUUCGGAGAGGGAAUCCCAGAAAGUCACCUUACUGCCAGUCUAUGCCGCCCCUGUCCUGGACAAGAAGGAGGCCUGCCGGCUGGUGAAGGACGUUUCUGCCGUCUACCCGCUGAGUGACCACCCGCACUUGAAACGUGUUCGUGCCUGUCCCUCUGUGGACAGCCCGCACCCGCUGGAGAUGAUCCUGUGCCCAGCGAGCCUCAAACGAGAGCAGGACGACGUGCCUUCUCUCACCGAACUCUUCCCCGAUGGCCGAGUCGUCCUCUGUGGUUUGGGCGAACCUUUUUUGACUCAGGUCCCGGCCUCCCCACCCUUGACGCGUCCCCAGUACGAGGAAGCGGUUUUGCAUUGGCCGGUCUCUUUCCAUGAGAACAAACGCAUCAGCCAGGCCAUCGACGGCUCCCUCUUCACCGACUCGCAGAAGGCCGCCAUGCAGAACCACAUGGAGUUGGCCAUCCAAGCUGCAAAACAGGGAGCAAGGCUGGGCUUGAAGCCGGUGGGGGCCGUGGUGGUUGACCCAGCCAGUGGGAAGGUUCUGGCAGCAGGGCAUGACUGCAGGGAUGGCCUAAACCCGCUGCUGCAUGCUACCAUGGUCUGCAUCGAUCUGGUGGCCCAUGCCCAGGGAGGCGGGGCAUACAGCUACAAAGAUUACCCAGCCUGCACCUUCCUUCAGCUGGACAGCAGCUCAGGCGGUUCUUCCUCCUUCAGUGACGGGCUUCCGUAUAUUUGCACUGGCUAUGAUAUGUACUUAACCCGGGAGCCUUGCGUUAUGUGCGCCAUGGCACUGGUGCACUCACGCAUUGAGCGCGUUUUCUAUGGGGUGCCGUCCCCUCAUGGGGCCCUGGGGACCGAGUAUCAUAUCCAUAGCCGCAAAGAUCUCAACCACCGCUACGAGGUCUUCCGGGGCGUCCUAGAAGAUCAGUGCCGCUGCUUGGUGAAGAUUUCGGCUCUUAAGGAAUCAGCGAGAGAGACUGAUUGAGGGGGUUGAGGAGGCGUUUUAUUCUUACGCUUUUUUUAAAAAAAAAAUACAGUAUUUUAAGAACA